CGAUCAUGUUUGUGGGCAUACGGAUGUGUUGUGUUUACGCUGGCGGGCGGCGUCCUUACCAAGCCCGGAUUAUGUCCAUAACAUCACUAAACAUCAUUUAAUAACUAUAUGCCUGUUAAGUAGAAGAUUUUAACUAGUGUCCGAAAUGGUAAAACUAUGUGUGUGCGAUCCGUCCUCUGUACCAAGCGUGUAAUAUCCUACUCCAGUUUCCCAGGACAACGCCUGUCACCGAGCAACGGCCUCGUAGUGCAUUUCUCUGCCGUAAGGCAUAGUUUUUUUGUCUGACUGACAAUGUAUAGCAUCCAAGCUUAAGAGUAUUUUCUUGGCUGACCGAAGCAACAGGGGUACAUACGACCCUGUGCUGUCCCUAAUCCUACGACCACCACCAUGAGCCACAGACACGACAAAAAGAUACUCUGGACUCGGCAAAUGGAACAAAUGGUAGCCAGCAUGCAGUGGACGCCUCCCAAUUAUGUAGAAAAAUUUUGCAGUUGUGAAGUUGAGGUGGUUGAGUUCCAGAGCUUGGAGCUGCUCUCCCUCUACACUUGCAUGAUGGUGAAGCGCUACACCAAGAAACCUGGUCACUUUCAGGCUAGUUUUCCAGAAUUAAUCGAAUUAAUUGAAAAGAACUUGGCCAGACUGAAAGUUGACAAGAAGUGGUUUUUUGCCACCAUCAGAGAUCAAUCACGCCUCUAUCAUGAUGAGUGGGACACACACAUAGCUGGAGUAAAUUCUGGCCGUAUUCGAUUCAACUCUUAUCUUCUGUUGGUGGCCUUGAGGUUGGGACUGGAAAAGCUUUGGGUACCUGAUGGAUGCUUGCCGUUUGAAGAGGAUGUUAUUAUGGAGUUGAAAGAAAUCUUUAGCCCCAAUAAACCAAAUUUUGCCCUUAAACAACUCAGCCAAUCUGAUCCCAUGUUUGAUUUCUUUGCCAACCACUCUCCAAACCUAGAAAUUUUGUAUCUGCCCCGUAGUGACAUUUCGUCCUUCCAAAGCUGCGUCAAAUUUACGAAUCUGCGGGUGAUUGAACUGGCUGGGGGAGUGUCGGAUAAAGUAAUGUGUAGUGCCCUGUGGAACGUCAAUAAGAAGAGCGACAAAGUGCUGGAGAUGGCUAUCAAGGAAGUUAAGGAACCGGUUAGUUUCCAGGUGUGUCUGCCACACCUGGAGACACUGAGAAACAAUAUGCUGCAGACCAAAGCUCAGAGUAAUGCCAUGCGCUUAUCUCUGGGGGCUGCUGCCCUUGCUAUUCAGCCCAAUCUUCAAACGGUGGAAACCCUGCAAUCGUGGGACACUUACAGUGCUAUCCUCUAUCUCCUGGACAUGGAAGCCAAACAGAGGAGCACAAAUGGAAGCGAGAAGAAAGUCGAGCGGAAAUUUGCCGUCACCUGCUUGACGGUGAACUACGAGAAAGAUAUGGACAUGGAUGAGCUUGAGCGGGUGAUGCUAGCCUGUCCUAAACUCUCUCAUCUGAUGCUCAACAAUGCUGAGAAUAUUCACAAAGAUUUGUCUCUGCUAUGUGCAAUCAUCCCAGUAAAGCAAGUGAAGAAACUAAACAUCGAUGCCUCAAAAUUGACGAACUUGGAGCUUACUGUGCUGCUGGCCGAAAUGUGCAGUUUAGAGCACCUAACACUCGAACUCACUCCGCAGGCAAUCAUUAAGUUUAACCUUCCCAAUGAAGCAGAUACUAGGAUGGCCAUGCUUCCCACAAUCAAGACAUUGGUCAUUGAAUUUCUCUCCCCUGACGUGGAUCUGGAGGCAUCGCCCGAUGAUUUGAAUUUCCAUGCAAAAGACAUGAUGAGUUUCCUGUCAACUUUCUCAUUAGUUAAGGAACUUUACUUCUACAACACACUGCUUGCUCCAGCUCCGUAUUUAGUUUAUGGAUGUAUUGGAGGAUCUUUGGCAGUAUUACAUGGCCUGCGGCACCUAUCUGUUAUUUCGUGUCAUGAGGACAUACCUAGAGAGCUUACCCAGCAGACUGAGCAUCAGGAGACGCACUUGUUUUAUCAUUACAAGGGAGUGCCUCGUAUGUUGGCAGAUCUUCAGGAUGAGACAACCUUCAAGCACUUGCGGGCACUGGAGAGUCUGGAGAUUGAUGAGUUUUAUAUUAAUUCAGCUGUUGACAGCAUGAUUGAAGCCUUGCGACUGUCAGGAGUCAUGGUAGCCGUACAUUAUCGUCCUGGAGUACAUAAAUACCCGAACCAUGACGAGAUGACAAGAAGUCGUCGACCAAAACCUCGCAAAAUCUAAAUAAUAUUAGGCACCACCACUGUUACUAGUGUACACAACUGCCUUUCAUGGGGUUGGGAGGCACCAGCCCAGAGGAAACAUUAGCUAGCUUUUCGACUGCUGCUGUUAAAAUGUUGAGAGUAUAAUUUGUAUUUAAUGUAAUAUUAUGAACCUUGUUUUUAGUAUUAGAUUGAUGGUUUUGAGAUAAGUGUUUGAAACUAAAGGUGUGAAUUAGGUAGAGAUGUGUGAGCAUGUUUUGUUUUUCUGAUGUGAGCGGGGAGUAAGUUAUUACUGUACACUAAAAGAUACACUAAGGAAGUAACCGUAAGGUCAAAAUGUGACAUAACUAAUUCACUAAAGUAGGUCUAUGUUACUUCGUAUAAAAACAUUCACAUUGGAUUUGUAUUAGAAAGUAUGAGGUCAAGACAGCUGCUCUACCAUCUAGUGCAAGUGGUUGAAAACUUGAUAAACCACAAUACAGUAUUGAGAAAGUAAUGGAAAUUAGUCUGGUCAUGUUGAAACAGUGAAGAAUUUGGUAGCGAAUUUGAAAGUAAGUGAAGUGGAAGACCAAUUAGAUGGAUAUAGCGAGUGUGUGGAUCGAGUUCGGACGGCACAAGGGAUAAUGAACAAGGGAAAAAUGUAACCAGUGUUAAACCCAACAGCUUACAAGGACUAUUUAAUACCUGCUUUUGGCAAUUUUUGGACCAUCAAAGGUAGAGUAGCAUGUUUAUCCAGUUUUAAAUAGCAUUUAAUAUUAGGAUUGUUGAAUUAAAAAAAUCUAAAAUGGUAAAAAAUUUAGGAUGUGUGGACAUUAGUUGUUUUAUAUCUUUUAGAAAGAUUUUAGUUUAGUGGUUGUCAUUCUGCAAGUUUGUUGCUAGUAUUGUAAAACCAAGUUGAUUUCUGAUACAAUACUUUGAAGAUAAAUAUCAGCCUGCAGUAUUUAGGCAAUUUAUUUUAAACGAUUGUAAAGUCACAUGCAAUUUUUUCUGCACACAUUCUUAUUACAGUACUAUAUUUAACGAGAGGAAUUUCCACAAAUUCCAACUCUACCGAGUUGUGGAGUACUUCUACACCCCAGACUAACGUGUUACUUUACAAAUAAAAUCUCUAUAGGUAAUGUCCUGGAAGUGUUGUAUCAAACAGGGACUGCUUACAUAAUUCCCACAAACUUUCAUCCUUGCUACAGUAAAAAAUUUGUCUUUGUUUUAAUUGUUAGUAUCAAUUUAAUCAGUUUGCUCUAAUAACCUACGUAUGUUCUUGUUAACUUCAUAUGACCGUACUAUAACAUUACUGCUGCUUUUAUUUAGAUGUGCAGUAAUCACAGUAGAUGCAUCUUUUCAAAUUAUUUGUAAUGUUUAUUUUGUAUUUAUAGUUUACAUUAAUUCCUUAAAAAGUUCAAAUGCCAGGGCCAUUUCGGUACAGAUACUGUAUACAGAACAUUAUUUUACCUGUUAUAUUUCAUUAAUUAUCAGACUCUCUUCUCACACACACAAUGAUCAUUUAAGAACAAGUGUACACAAAAUUUGUCUCAAACCAGUUGAGUAAUUCUAUGACAGAGUUCAAAUAUAACUUGUUCCAAGUACCA